GGCGGAAGCGGAUAUGUUACGUAACCGAGCACGUAUCCACGCGUAGGUUUUUGCGGUCGCUUCGGGCCAUACCACCGGCGUUGAUUUUCCGUGUUUUUGGCAGUCUUGUGGCUGUCCAAAUGGGAGCGACGAAGCAGCUGCAUCGCCCUUGAGGGCUGAUCAAUCGCUGACAUGGGGACGGCAACAAGCUCUCUCCACGAUUUGAAAAAGAACGAACACCUUCAGCGCUUCGUUAGCAAAGAGCCAAUCACGCCAAAUGACCCCUUUUGGAACCAGCUGCUUUCAUUCACUAUUCGACCGCCAAGGACUGGGGAGGAGUACAGCUACCUCGACAAUUCCUUGGAGCCGCUGCUUGAAACACUUUUGCAGAACAAUGCAGUUUCGGGCAAUUUUAGUGCUCUGGUCAGUGUGUUCUUGACCCGAGCACUUGAGCUGAAGGCGUCGGCACAAUGUGACAACAACAUCUUCACGUGGCAGACGUACAAUGCCUUGUUUAUCAUACGGUUCAUCCUGAAGUACUUCAUAGUCACCGUUACUGAAGACAAUGUUGUAAAGCAAUUUCAGGCACCGACCGUAGGAGAUGCAAAAAAGGAAGAUCUCUUGGAUUCUUUGGUGAAUGCUCUAGUUGAAAUUGUUGUUGAUGUUCCCCUGUUGGAUUUCACUUAUGCUCUUCAUGUGGAGGCCAUCAACACCCUGCUUGUGCUGCUGUCCGUGCAGAUGUUCUCGUCUAACACAUCUAUGAACUCUCCCAUCUACAAGUCUGUGCUUCAAGGAAAGUGCUCAAUUCAUGCCCUGCUGUUCACAAAAAGCCUCCUGCAAAACUUUGUGCGACAGGACAAAUGCCCAGAGAGCUACUACCGCUCUGAAGGAGGUGGAAGUAUCAUCAUUGGAUUAGCUUCGGGCCUCUGGAAUGUGCUCACACUGGGCUAUGGGAGCAAGGAAGAGGACAAGGAGGCAGCGCGGCUCAGAGAAACUGUGCUUGCCCAACAGAGCCUGCUGCUACUCCUGGUCCUGGUCAACCACUGCACGAGUGACAAGGCCGUUACCAUACCGUACAAGAAGGCCCUCUUCUCCUUUGUCAACUCUCAAGAUGCUGGUGGGAGUGUUGAAGCAAUUCCUUCGUUCAAACUAGACUAUGGAAAGCUCUAUGACACAUUAUGUACUACCAUGAACAACGACCAAACGACACUGCUUCUUUAUCUCCUGCUUCAUCGAAAUGGAAACUUCAAGACCUACGUCCUUUCCCGGUCGAACAUUGAAAUGCUAAUGAUCCCUAUUCUAAAGAUUCUCUACGAAGCACCUGAGAGGACAUCUCACCACAUCUACAUGUCCCUUAUCGUGCUCUUGAUACUUAGCGAGGACGAUCUUUUCAAUGAAGCUGUGCACGACAUUACACUGAAGAACAUCUCGUGGUACACGGAGCGGUCAUUGUCCGAGAUUUCACUUGGAGGACUGCUGAUUCUGGUUGUCAUACGAACCAUACACUUCAACAUGACUCGUAUGAGGGACAAAUACUUGCACACAAAUUGCCUCGCUGCCUUGGCAAAUAUGUCCAGUCACUUCAAGAAUUUGCAUCCAUAUGUUUGCCAGAGGUUUGUCAGCCUGUUUGAAACAUUGUCUAAAAGGCUAUCCAAAGUGAUGGACCAAAUCCAGAACAAUCCAGACCUGAAGCCAAGUGAUGAUGACUUUUCGACAGACCUUCUUCAGGAUUUGUCCAUCCUGGAAGAGGUACUCCGCAUGAUCCUGGAGAUCAUCAACUCUUGCCUGUCCAAUCAGCUGCAGAGCAACCCGAAUCUGCUCUACUCCCUGCUCUACAAACGGCACAUCUUUGAUCCGUUCCGUCUGCACCCCACGUUCCAGGACGUGGUCCAGAACUUGGACACGGUUCUCUCGUAUUUUUCAUCACGCCUCGAGUCACCCGACAAGCACGUUUCCGUGCAUGAAGUGAUGGAGUCUAUUAAAGAAGCAGCUCUACAUUGGCCCACGGAUAGACUUAAGAAGUUCCCCGAUCUCAAGUUCCGCUACGUGGAAGAGUCUCAGCCCGAAGAGUUCUUCAUCCCUUACGUGUGGACCAUCGUGUACAAGUGUUCUGGAAUUCCAUGGAGCACCAAGAACCUGAUCCUUUUCAACCCAAACAAGGACCUAUAGUAGCAGGGGCAGCUGACCGUGGAGAGUCUAUUUAUUUUUUAGAACUGGGAAGUUGUGUGUGGCUCUUUGUUGAAGACUCUAUAGGUGUACAUAUCAAGUAGUAGGGAUACUCUUCUGCCAGUUAACCCUCGUCGUUUUCACGCUAGACAAACCCUUACAAGGCAGGCCCACUGCACCAUUGUGCGGAAGACCUAUUUCUUUCAUUUGUUUAACUGAGCAAUGGUGAAAGUGGAAGGAGUCGAGGAGUGAUGCUUUUACGCUGCAGGAAUUUGAAAAAAAUAUUAAUUUGAUACUUUUUCUAACGAAAUGGGCUACAGAAUGUUGUGUGGCCUCCCUAACUGUUUGUUGUUGAAACUGCGCUGUUUAACCGCCGUAUUUGCACGAACAUAUUGCGAGCUCGAGUGUAACAGAAAGGGGAACUCCUGAGGGACAUUAAAUUUGACUGUAAAGCUAGUGAAGCGGAGGAAAGUUUUAUUGUAUCGUGACAGCACAGACCACUUUGGUUAUGUGCUUAAGCACAGGCUUAUAGAUGUAACGGCAGAGUCAUCUUGCUUAUAAAACAACUUUUCAGCAAGACUAUAAUGCAUUGCCUCUAUUCAUCGUUGCACUGCAAUGCCUGUUGCUCGGUUCGAAAGAAACAUAGCAGAUGGUUUUCCUGCAGAGUCCCUCUGCCCCAUGGUUCAGCCUGCUACUAGUUCAAAAAGUGUUUUGUAUGGAACAUGACCACUCUUCAUCUAUAAGGAGUUCCAUUACUCUAUCAAAAAAAAAAAAUCUCGCUGUGUUCGUGCAACUACAGUACUUUAAGAAUGUAAGGCUUCGCUUUCGUUUUUACAUGGAGUAAUUCUUCUAUUUUUACUAACAGGUUGAGUAUAUGGUAAUUAUAGUUUUUCAUGCAUUAUGCGUGCUGGCGUGCAGAUCUGUAAUUGAACAUGCAGAGCGUAUUCAAUGAGUGUUGUUUAUACCUUAGAAUUUUUCGAUGUCAUUGUUUUUUG